GUCACCAAGCAUGUUAAGUUUCAUUGCAGCCCAAAAGGCCAAGCCGCGAAAGUUAAUUCAGCUCCUUGAAUAAAGAGAGAAGAGAGAGAGGGGGAGCAGGGACCAGACGCACGGGGUUAGGGGAUAGAGUUUCUCCCGGUAAGAGAUCCCUUUGACCGCCAUAGAUUCGGUUUCUCCUCCUCCUCUGAGACUCACGCGCCGAGAGAAAUGACUUUUUUUAACGAUUAUUAUUGAUUAAUAUUAUUUUUGUUGUUGUUGUUGUUGUGUUCCCUAACCGGUAGAAUAAGCUGAUGGUGAUCGCCGAGUGUGAGAGCGUGUCGCUGCCCGGCGUCGUGUCCCCUCCCUCGGGUCGCCAUGGGCUCGUAAGAUGCCUUCGCUGUGGAAGCGGAUAACGUUCUCGGUGGCCUCGGCGCUCUGUGUCGGCUCGGUGGUGCUCCUGGUGGUGGCCCUGUCCACCGAGCGGUGGGUCACCGGGCGGAUCCUGUGUAAAACCGGGGCCGAGAUAGUGAACGCGUCUCAUCCCGAGUUGGACCAAUUCAUCGGGGACGUUUACUACGGUUUGUUCCAGGGAGGAAAGACCAAGAAGUGCGGACUGGGCAAGAGGCGCUCCAAAAUAUACAUUUUCCCAAAGCUUGUGCGAACACUCAACGGUGGCCUUCACAUGAUGGUGAUCCUCUUCCUGCUGGUGGCUGUGGGCUUCGCGUUGGUCAGUUUGUCUUUCUGCAUUUACAAUGCACGCAAGGUUCCCUACCAGAGCAUCAAAGGCCACAAGGGCCUCUACCUGUGGAACUUCGCUGCUGCUCUCUUCGGUGCCUUGGCCUCGCUGUGCUUCCUGGCAGCCGUGAGGCACCACAGUCUGACGGAGCGGGUGGCCAAUCAUCGCGAGAGCCUCUUUGUGCUCGUUGUCCUGGAUGACAGCCUGGACUGGUCUUUCUGGCUGGGCGUUGGCAGCGUCGCGACUCACUUUGCCGUCUGUGGAGUGGUCGCCAUGAGCCGGAUCAAACUGCCCAAACCGGAGAUCAAGAAACCUGAAGAACCCACCAUCUCUUCUCUGGACCUGCUCUACUGAAGCAGCAUUGCCAUCUGCAUUUACAUCACUGGUCAUUGGUUGGAGCAAAGCACAAUGACUGACAGCGGAGUGAAACCAACACUGUGCCAGAGCCUCCUUUGCUUCACGUGAUGUGGCUCAUAACAGCUUGAGUUGGCUGUUUUAUGUAAAUUCUCACUCAACAAAUCACUUUCCUGAUUUUGUCAGUGAUAAUUACUAAAAGAAUUGAAGUGUUGACUGGAAAAGUGGUUUGCUUACUCAAAAGCAAACCCAGUUCCUCCCUCUCACUGUGUGGCAAUUUCAUAAAACUCGUUCAUUUUGGAAUACUGACAUAUGAGAACAGAAAGUGUAACUCGCCAUUUGGACUCUGGAUGUCUUGUGCUGUUUAUAUUCUUCCUGUAGUUGCAAUAUGUAAAUACAUUUUUUCAUUGUAUGUGUAUGAUGUCAUUGACAGAUCUGUUUUUCGGUCACUUUAUGAUGCACGGUGUAAAGUUUUGACCGUCAUUAAAGCGCU